AUGCCUGACGUCAAGCGAUGGGUCAAGCUCGUCACCCACCAGAAGCCCAUCGCGGAGCCUUCGCCCGUUGAGGGCUACCCCAUGCGAUCAUGGAGCAUAGAGAUCUGGCUGCUAGAUGACCAGGGCAACGAGGUCAUGCCUAACGUCUUCGAGAAGGCUGUUUACAAUCUGCAUCCUUCAUUCGAGAAGAACAAGCACAUCAUCAAGAAGCCGCCGUUCCGCAUCGACGAGAAGGGUUGGGGUGAAUUCGACAUGACCAUCGUCCUGACCGCCAUUGGCAAGGGCGGCGACCACACGCUCGACCACGACCUAAACUUCCAGGCAGAACGCUACGAGGCCAAGCACCAAGUCACUUUCCGUAACCCCAAGCCCGAGCUACUCGCCCUCCUCGCAGAGUCCGGCCCCGCCGAAGCAAACGGAAUGCGCAACAAGGACCAGGCCAAGAAGAAGAACCGAAGGGACAAGAACGUGGACAUGGAGAAGCUUGCCGAUGGUCUGCAGAAGCUGGGCGAGGAUGAUCUUCUACACGUCGUCACCCUGGUACACGACAACAAGACUAGCGAGACGUACACCAAGAACGACGUUGAGAACGGCGAGUUCCAUGUCGACCUCUAUACUCUACCCGAUUCCCUUGUCAAGAUGCUCUGGGACUUCACGGCGAGCAAGGUCGAAUUAUAG